AUGGUUCCGAACCCCUCCCUCGAGCCUCGCAAGGCAUAUCCUCCAAAGCCUGUUCCCAUAGGUGGUGAUGUGACUUCGGUCAUUGUCUCCCUUGCCGCUGUCUCAAUCUUAUCUGUCUUUCUUUUCCAGAGAAUCACGGCUGUUCGAUCAUGGUCAAGGCUACCGUUCGUUGCUUGGCUCGUCCUUAUCAUUUACGUUGACUCUUAUGGCUUCGUUUUCACCUCUGCCAUGCUUCAGCAAGUCUUUAAUAUCAACAGUGGCUUCAACAUCUGCCAUGGAGCCAUUUUACUUUGUCUGAUUUGCUAUGUGACAACCAAGAUUCUCAUCUAUGUCUUCCUUGUUGAGAAAGCACAUGUCAUUCGAAGCUCUCAAACGCCAAGAAGGAACUCAAAGCUCUACCUCUUUAACAUGAUCACUCUUCUCGGUGGAUAUGGAGUAGUUGUUGUUCUUAACUUCAUCUUCCGUAUCGCUAGGAUCGUGAACGGAGAGUGUUUUAUCGGCAUGAAGAAGGUCUCGAUGAUUCCACUUAUCGCGUUCGAUGCUGUGGUUAACGUCUACCUAACUAUCCUUUUCCUCAUUCCUCUUAAGAACCUCUAUUCGUUCAAGAGCCUACCAAAGACUCACGCCCACUCUCGCCUUCGCAGCGUUGCCUUUCGUACUUUUGUUGGUGCAUGCUGCACCUUGACAAGCAGUAUUGUGAAUUUGACUGUGCUAAUGGUCAUGAAUGGCGAGCCUGGUUGGGUGUGUUUAAUGUGUUGCAACAGCGAUGUUCUCUUUUCGGCCAUCGUUGUUCAAUGGGUUACUUCUCGCGAUAGCGCUGGUUCCUCCAGUCAACCACCCUCAGCCGCUGUCAUGGACGGCAGCUACAUUGGUAGACGUGCUUCUAUGGCCCAUCCUACCAGUUCAAUGCACGCCCCCAGCGUUCCCAACAUGUCUCACGACAUCGAUGACGAGAUAUCUCUUGUCGGUCCUACCAUUACCUCCUCGACCGAUGGACCCGAAUUUGAAAUGAACAAGGUUCAUUCAGGAAGUAACAGCGGUGUUAUUGUUACAACAACUAUCCAUCGCCUGAGCCGACCCACAAACGAACGGAAGGAAAGCAGUGAAGAUGACUUCACGGUUGGGGAACAGGGGCAGGACUUUCCGUUGCGGGCGGUAGCCUUUGCUCCAGGCCAUCACGAAAUAACCGAGCCACCACGAACACGUAUUCAAGGGGGCGCCAGACCUCAACACUCAAAGACACCUUCAUUCUCACGACCGAUGAAAUAA